AUGCCUGCCACUCAUAGAGAGUUGCACAUCAACCUGGGCCCGGCUCCGUCACCUGUACCGUAUGCGCUGCCUGAAGUCGGUGGACCGGCCACAUCCUGGAUCACUUACAGCGCCGAUUACAUCGAGGACACACAGUCAGCAGAGCGCGGCUCUCCAGUGGAUGUCUACGCAGGAUAUCUGGGCUCGCGUAUCUCUACCGUUAAAUCGUCGCUGUGGGCCAUCUACUGCACGAUUCAGGUGAUACUGUUUGGUGGCAACACCACGGCGGAUUAG